CUGUCCCCACGCCCCCACCCCUGGGCCAGACCAGACGUCAUCCACCGAGCGCAAAGGCCGGGGUUGGAAUUUAACCCCUAGGCGGGGGACGGUGGGUGAGCUUCUGCCCCAAGCCCCUGUGCAGCUGUUGCAACCACAGUGAGAGUGGACGGCGGGCCUGGGGCCACGCGGGACGAUGCUGAGGGCCAGGCUGCUGGGCAGGGUCCUCUUGUCGAAGCAGAUGCCGGUGCCACUCUGGGGACAGCGGCCGGGGCCGGCGUGGCGGAGCUCACAGCACCCCUGUGCUCACCGGGGCAGGAGCGGCGCUUUGCACCCUCUCUGGACGGGCCUGGGCCCCAGGCCGGGGGGCACCCGGCAGUCCCCCAUCGACAUCCAGUGGGGGGACAGCGUCUACGACCCCCACCUGGAGCCGCUCAGGGCCUCCUACAGUGCGGCGUCCUGCCGCUGCGUGUGGAACACCGGCUACCUCUUCCAAGUGGAGUUUGACGAUGCCACUGGCGACUCAGGAGUCAGCGGCGGGCCCUUGGAAAACCACUACCGGCUGAAGCAGUUCCACUUCCACUGGGGAGCCACAAACGCGUGGGGCUCUGAGCACACGGUGAACGGCCACGUGUACCCUGCCGAGCUGCACCUGGUUCACUGGAAUUCCGCAAGAUACCAGAGCUACCGGGAGGCCGUCGUGGGAGAGAAGGGGCUGGCAGUGGUCGGCGUGUUCCUCAAGCUGGGGGCGCAGCACCAGGCUCUGCAGCAGCUGGUGGACGUCUUGCCAAAAGUCAAGCACAAGGACAUGCGGGUGGCCAUUGGCCCCUUCGACCCCUCCUGUCUGCUGCCCGCCUGCCGGGACUACUGGACUUACGGGGGCUCCCUCACUACCCCGCCGCUGGCUGAGUCGGUCACCUGGCUCAUCCACAGAGAGCCCAUCGAGGUGGCCCAGGAGCAGGGCCAUCCCCGGUGCAGGCGGGGCCUGGGACAGGAUCACUCCGCACCUGCUGCAGGCUCUCUGGCUGCUCUGUUCCAGCUGUCAGCCUUCCGCACACUCGUGUUCUCUGCGCCCGGGGAAGAGGAGAAGAUGAUGGCAGACAACUUCCGCCCGCUUCAGCCCCUCAUGGGCCGGAAGCUCCGCGCGUCCUUCCAAGUCCCCGGAGGGGGUGACCGCCAGUCACCGUGCCCCUGUGGGUAGGUGGCACCACAUCCCGUUUCACAACCGGGUCAUGUGUGACUUCUGAGAUAAAAAGAGAACAGGA